AUGGAAGUGGAAACAUCGGAUACAAUCGUUGAUUACCGUCGUCUAUCGUACAAGUUCGUGAACCUCCGUCGUUUCGCUUUUUCGUUCCUUUUCGCGGCGACCGACUUCACAAGGAAGACAUUCAGACUCAGACCAACGAUUUGGACGAAAAAAACCAACAUGAGCGAAGCCUGCAAUAAACUUUUCUUCGGCAAUGUCGCCUUUAAAGCAACAGAAGACGAUUUAAGACAAUUUUGUGAAAAUUACGGCGUGAUUGAAGAAGGUAAAUGAAAAAAAAAAUCGCAUUUUGAUGGUGGUUUAAAAUUGGCGUCGGACCGCAUGGUUUCGUGAACGCUUUUUAAAGUUGAAUUUUGCACUUAUUUUGUGUUUAGUUUGGUUCUUUAAAGAAUGUUUAACUCAGCUUAUCGUGUUUUGAAGUUAUUUAGAUGUUUUGGUACCGAAAACAUGUGAUAAAAUGUGGUUUAUAAUGUGUUGCGUUUUGCCGCUAAAAGUUGAUAUGGAUUUCAUAGUGCAUGAUUUUAAGAGCCUCCUUGAAGAAAACCAAGAAACUCCAGUCAAGUAACAUUUGGCUGAGGUUUUGACACAGUUGACAAAAACUAAAGCUAAUUUUGUCUGGUUGGAGGCUUUAUAUGAUUUGUGGAAACAUGAGAAAUUUUAUUAAACAUUUUGACACACAAACGUUUUUGAAAAGACAGAUUCAUGUUUUGUUGUAUAUCACUCGGAAACAGCGAGAAAUGAAUCUCCAACAAUUUUCUCAUAAGUCACGAAAUGCAUGCUGGUUCAUAGUCUCAGCUUGUUGCAGCAUUUAAGAUAUUUGUCCAUGAAGGCAGAAGUGACAUAUCGUCACGGGCCCUGCGCUUUUGGGAGCCCCAAGCUUUUGGGGGCCCACGCUUACUCUUCGAAUUUUUUGUUCCUUGUGUAACAAGGGGCCUUGCGCUGAUGACAUGCUGCCUUGCCUGUAAAAUUUGGUGCAGGUAAUUCAAAAACUGAAAAUUAUCUGAUGUAGAUCCCCCCCCCCCCAUUUUAGGAUGUGAUUUGACGGGACUAAUUACCGUGUAAAAAUGGUGCUUAUACUAACAAUUUACUGGGGGGGGGUUAAACCCCCCUAGAAUCUCACUAACCCCUCUAAUAAAGUGUUCAACCCCACCAAAAUAUUGCUUCACCCCUCCUAUUUUGUGUGAAAGGCUUUAACCCAAAAGCUCACCGAGUGAUGCCGCUUGCACCCCACCACCUUUUCUACCCCUCCUUUUAAGUAAAUGAAAAUCUGCCCUUGCUACGAGCCCUAAACAUGGUUAUUUUCCUUGUUUUCAGUGGUGAUUGUAAAAGACCGAGAAACUGGUGAUUCACGAGGCUACGGGUUUGUUACAUUCCAAAAAGCCGAAGACGCAAAAGAUGCAAAAGAUAAACUGAACAAUGCGGUAGGUUUGAUUCACCAUGGCGCAGUUGAUUCAAUUUUUUUAAUAUCCCACUGGGCGUAAAAAAAACCUGUGGUUCCGGUUUCAUAUCGUGAAAAAAUUAGGGUCGGUAGGUCGGAAAUAAAAUUUUUUUUGGAAUAUUUUUUCACUAGAGAUGUGUAUUUCCUAUGGAUGAAUUUAGGCAAUUUGGUUCGAUAAUUAGUAAGACAACAGUUGCCAUUUUGGCACGCUGUAUGAGCAGCCCGCAACCACCUGGAGAAAAUAGGGUCGCACGGUCAAUCGCGUUGAAAAAAUCAUAGGGUCGGCAGAAUAAAAUAGGGUCGGUCGUAGGCUUGGGCUGUUUUUCGGUUUUAUUUUCAAACCGUUUUUUUUUUCGGUUUAGCUUUUACAAAAACCGGAAAACCGUCAUUACGUAAUUGUUUACUGUCAUCGCCCGAAACUCGAUCUUAAUUCUCAAAACAUGACACUAAUUAAACUCAAUUACAUGACACUAGAUACAAAGUCUAUUCUUUUUCCGUAAAGUCGGUAAGAACUAAAGAGGUAUAAGUUUUCAAAUGCGUUCUUGACCCUUUUAUUUUCAAACUGAAGUCACUUUAGAUUACCUUUGCACAAUUUUGCGUUUUGUUGUGUACUGUUCGUUUGCUUAUGUAAAAAAAAUACCACAAUUCUUGCUCAUUCAGUUGAAGUAAAAAUUAAAGGGAAAAAAACGGUUUUCCGGUUUUACCGGUUUAGAAGCAGACGGUUUUUCGGUUUUAAUUUUAAGCAACACCGCCCAAGCCUAGUCGGUUGGGAACCGGAACCACAGGUAUUUUUUUUAUGCCCUGGGUUAGUUGUAGGCUGUUGUGAUAUUGGAAAAAUAUUGGAAAAAAUUGUAUGUGGUAUAAAAAGUUAUAUAUUUGUGGUAUAAAAAAAUGAUAUUAUAUUCACAAGAAGCGUUGACGAUGACUCAUGCAGCAAACACUUGCAUUAGGCGUAAAAAAAAUAGCCGUGGUUCCGGUUUCAUAUCACGAAAAAAUUAGGGUCGGUAGGUCGGAAAUAAUUUUUUAAAAAUAUUUUUUUCACGUUUUUUUCAAUAAUUAGUGUGACAACAGACGCCAUUUUGGCAGCAGCCCGCAACCACCCGGAGAAAAUAGGAUCCACAGUCAAUCGUGUUGAAAAAAUAAUAGGGUCGGCAGAAAAAAAAUAGGGUCGGUCGGGAGCCGGAACCACAGGUAAUUUUUUUACACCUUAGUCACACCAAAUACCUGUGGUUCCGGUUCCCGACCGACCCUAUUAUUUUUUCAACACAAUUGACCGUGCAACCCUAUUUUCUCCAGGUGGUUGCGGGCUGCUCAUACAGUGUGCCAAAAUGGCAUCUGUUGUCAUACUAACUAUUGAACCAAAUUGCCUAAAUUCGUCCAUAGGAAAUACGCAUCUCUAGUAAUCUAGUUAAUAUUGAUGUCGGGACUCUACUGCAAAUCGCCCAGCAAAAAAAUGCCAAAGCCAUGAAAAAAAUAUCACAAUAUGAAACCGGAACCACAGGUUUUUUUUAGGCCUAAUCAGCUUUCCAAUAAUCUCCCCCUGGAAGGGUGUAUUGGAAUUACAAAUAUAUCUUGAAUAAAUAGCUUGUCAUGCUUCCAAGAAAUGUGAAAGAAUGCUUUUCUUUUUUAGGAAUUUUGUGGCCGUAAUGUUAAUGUGAAUGAUGCCAAUCCACGAAGUGGUGGUGGUGGCGGCGGAGGGGGUGGUGGUGGUGGUAGAGGUUAUGGCGGGGGUCGUGGGGGUGGUAGAGGUCGUGGUGGUGGUGGACGGGGUAGGGGCGGUGGUAGAUACGGUGGUGGUGGUGGAAGCUAUGGUGGAAACAGUGGUCGCUAUGGUGGAGGUGGUGGUGGUUACAGUGGAGGUGGUGGUGGUUAUGGCGGAGGUGGUGGUGGUUACAGUAAUUAUAGUGCUGGUGGUUAUAGUGCUGGUGGUUAUGGUACAGGUGAUGGUGGAUAUAGUAAUUAUGGUGGUGGUCAGUACAGUGGUGGUGGUGGCCAGUAUAACAGUGGUCAGUAUGGUGGCUAUCAAUAGGUAAGUUCAUAUCUUAUGUAUCAUCAGGGACGCCGGAACUGGGGGGCAGGGGGGGCGGCUGCCCCCCUUGCCUUUUGCUAGGGGGGGCAGAAGUGCCCUUUUAGUUGUAAAAUAAUACGUGAUAAAUCACAUUUCCAACGAUGCUUUUUGUAGGAAAAUCACUAGAUUCAGGUAAUUUAUAGUUUAUAUUUAUAAAAAUUUUGGGAAAUUUUUGGAAUUUAGAAAAAUAUUUUGAAGAAAUGGCGAAAAUUUAAGAUAUCCGGAAAAAUUUUUGGCUUCACGGAAAAUUUUUGUAUGUCCGGAAAAAAUUUUUGACCCCUAAAAUGGUACACUGACCGAAAUUUUUUUGGCGACGGGGGGGGGGAGGUCGCCAAAAAAUUUUGCAGUGAAAAAAAAUGUUUCAGUAAAGGUGCCCUUGGUGUGCGUCCGCCCCCCUUUGCCCCAUUAUCGUUCCGGCGUCCCUGUGUAUCAUAUAGGUCUGCACCACAUGCAAUAAUAAAUUUACAUGGUGUUUCCACAAACAAUAGUAUUAAUGAAGAUUUUAUCAAAUAUCUACAGCCUGGUGAUUAACGUUGUUCUGUUCUUAUUGUUGUUUUUAUUUUUCUGACUGCAUUUGACUGUGUUUAUUCUUUGUCUUACACAAUAAAGGCCUAUGAUGAGACUGAUUGCCUGCUCAAAUGUCCAUGAUCAAAGUUUGUGAAUAUGCGGAUUUGUUAUAUAACCGUCUGGCUGUCCUGUCCUAUACAAGAUUGAGAACGCUUUGAACUAGGUGGUCUGAAAGUCUGGAAGAAACAUACGAUGUCUAUAACUAUUCUUUAUUUUAACCUAAUUCGUUUCUGUGCGUAUUUGUCCGAUUAAAAUGUGUUUUUUUA